AUGAACGUUAUUUAUGAGCUAGCCCUUGAAAGGUGCCAAAAUACAGUAAUCGGUGGUAAUUUCGUGAGAGGGAUAUCUGGCGGCGAGAGAAAAAGGGUCUGCAUUGGCAAUGAAAUCCUGCUCAACCCUUCACUUCUGUUCUUAGAUGAGCCAACAUCUGGUUUGGACUCAACAAAUGCACUUCGAAUUGUUCAGAUACUGCAGAACGUUGCACAGGCUGGCAAGACAGUUGUUACUACAAUACAUCAGCCUUCUAGUAGACUCUUCAACAAGUUCGAUAAGCUCGUUCUCUUGGGUAAAGGAAGUACCUUGUACUUCGGAAAAGCAUCAGAAGCAAUGUUGUAUUUUUCUUCAUUGGGCUGCUAUCCGAUUAUAGCCAUUAGCCCAGCAGAGUUUCUAACUGAUCUUGCAAACGGAGUCAUAAAUGACAAAACACUGCCAUCAGAAUUGGAGGACAAGUUUUUACCUGGAGGCAAACGACCCGAGGCAAUGAAUGGAGGGCCUUCCCUGGCUGAAGUCCAUGAGUAUUUUGUGAAGGCCUAUGACGUAAGAGCUGCAAACACGGAGAAAACAAACUUUCCAGGGCCUAUCCUGAUAGAGGGCAGCAUUGAGAUGCAGAGCAAGUUGAAUUCCAGGGAAUGGGGAGCAACCUGGUGGGAGCAGUUUUCAAUUCUCUUCAGGAGGGGUCUCAAGGAGAGAAGCUACGAGUACUUUAGCUUUAUGAGGGUAACUCAAGUAAUAGCUACUGCUAUAAUUAUAGGAUUUCUUUGGUGGCAUUCUGGCGGUUCAUCUCCUAAUCAUCGCCAUGAUCAGGCAAGUGUUGCGUAUAUUUGUUCAGCCAUGUUUGCAAUAUUCACAUUCCCACAAGAAAGGGCAAUGCUAGCAAAAGAGAGAUCAGUUGGCAUGUACAGACUGACUGCAUACUUUGCUGCCAGAAACAUCAGUGAUCUUCCUUUGGAUCUGAUAUUGCCUGUGGUGUUCCUUCUGAUAGUCCAUUUCAUGGUUGGCUUGAAGUCGAGCUUUUCUGCAUUCUCUUUGACCAUGCUUACAGUUUUUCUUUGCAUAAUAGCUGCUCAGGGUCUUGGACUUACUAUAGGCGCAGCAUUCAUGGAUGUUAAGAAAGCAACAACAUUGGCUUCCAUAGUUAUUAUGACCUUCAUGCUAUCUGGUGGAUUCUUUCUUCAGAAUGGGUACCACGAUAGCAAUCGUGGGAAAGCACUGAGUCAUGGAGGAUAUCAGUUACCUUAA